CACUUUUCAACACAUAUUACGUGAAAUCUUAAAGAUUUCAUUGUUGCUUAAUGCUUUGUGUGAGCGACCAUUUUGUGAGUCUCAAAUUGUAAGCGGCACCAUCAUCAUCAUCACCAUCGUUCAUUUUGUUUUGGUGGUAGAUUUUCGUGUGCACUUCACUGUCUCGAAUUUUGACUCGAAAUUUCGAGUGAAUUCAGAAUUUGUGAGAGAAGAAUGUCGACACAAACGACCACACCCCCUGGCACGACGAACCCAACCGCCACCACCUCCACACCACCACCCGCCGUCAAGGUUCUCACAAGGAAGGGUUUGCAAGAGUUGGUGAAGAAUGUGGACCCCAAUGAACAAUUGGACGAGGACGUGGAAGACCUCCUUCUCAGUUAUGCGGACGAAUAUAUGGAGAGCGUCAUGGAGGGUGCGGCCGUUUUAGCGUCACACCGAAAGUCAAAUGUGGUCGAGAUUAAAGACAUUCAUACGCAUUUAGAACGAACCGGACAAGGCUGGAUACCUGGGUUUGGUUCGGAUGAACUCAAACCUUAUAAACGAGUCCCCGUCAUGGAGGCUCACAAGCAGAGGGUGGCGUUGAUCAAAAAGUCAUUAAAGAAAUAUUGAAGGGAUCAAGAUUGAUGUGCAAGUCGAAGGUGUCCUCCUGAUAGCAGAUUUUAUUUCACCCAUGUGAUUUCAUUUUUAUAUACUCGUAGGUUUUGCAUAAGCGACCUUAAAUCAGUUAAUUGUACAGGAGAAUUGUCCAUUUUCGUGUUUUUGGCUCAUAUUUAUGGCGAUAUACCUGAUCUUCUUUAAAUUUUUACCAUUAGACCUCAAUUUAAUGUAUAGACGACAAUGGACUCAUUUAAUUCCAUAGUGUAAUAAUAUUAAUAUAUAGUUUUAAUGUAUUAAAGAUUGAUACGUGUGUUUCUUAGUAUUGUUACGAUUAAAGAUAUCAGUGAAUACGUUAAUGAAAUGAUACACAUCACACCAUGAAUAAAUAUAAUCAUUUCAAAGAAUAA